ACUGAAAACAAAAAUGGUGGCCAACAAUAUGCCCUAUCCCUGCCCUGGUUUUAUGGCACGCCAAAUGUCUGCGUUCUCUAGGCUUCUUUCUACUAUGUAUUUCCCUUCGUCUGAUACACCCAAUUUCAAUGUGAACAAAGGGAAUCAUUUCCUCGCGGUUGAUCCUAUCCUACGUGCUAAAUAAGUGAGGCUACUUCUAACCAAACCGAAGGAAACACAAAAUAAACAAUCUAGCAUUGUGGCAAUGCAGUAAGGAGCAAAAUCCUAUAUGCUUUACUAAUACAAAGCGCAAAAUAGAUGUUUUUAUUUUGCUACAUGCUGCGCACGAAUUACGUAAAAAAAUUUCCUGUCGUUCACGUAACAUCUACCAUCAAAAUCAUUUAAUAUGUUUAAUGAAAUGUCAAAUAAUCACAGGGUCAUAUUAGAUAGAGCAAACACAAUGAGGUUGGAAGCAGAAAUGGCUGCUCCUUUGCAUUUACAGAGAUUGGAACGUAGUCUUAAUGUACAGCCCUUUUUAAGGCAAAUUAAUGAAUUGUUCCAAGACCCAACUAGAGGAAAGAAUUAAUAAACUGAGGCUGUAUAACAUGUCAAGUAUUGGAGAAGAACGACGUUGGUUGCAGGAUAUUCUAUUAAGUGAUUCAUCAGAUAGUUCAGCUUCAGGAUCUGAUACAGAUAAUCCCAUUACGGAAGAAGAUUUUCAAGAAAUGUUGAAAUUUCACAUACUUAGAAAAAAGUAUCAAGCACGUUUCUACCAAAAACCAGAGAAUAUUCAAUAUCAAUAUUAUAGUGCUGGUUUGUUAUCUAAUUAUGAUAGGUUUCUAGAACAUCAGAAAUUAAUAGUUGGAAAUAAAAAGAAAAAAGAGAAGAAACCAGAAAAAAAAGUUAUGAAAAUAAAAAAGGAAAAAAUACCACGCCACAGGUCCUCGGAGGAUUAUCCGGAAGGUGAUUAUCCAGAUGAAGAUUGGGAUCGUACGAUUCCUCGAGAAGAAGAAUUGGAUGAAGCUGAAUUGGAAGCAAUAAUGCGUCAUCAACCACGUCAACGGGGCCGAAAAAAACAUAAUAAUAAAAGUCCAGAGGUGAUGGCAAUGAGACGAAGAAAGAUUUGGGUAAUGAUGUCUAAAAAAGAACUGGGAAAAGUACAAAGAGCAAAAACCAAUAAUCAUAAGGAAAUAUUAAUUAGUUGUAAAAAAGUAGCACAACAUUGUAUGAAAUAUUGGAGACAAAAAGCUAUGCAGUCUCAAAAGAACAUGAAAGAGACAAUAUGGAGAGCUAAACGUCUCACAAGAGAAAUGCAAUCUUACUGGAAGCGUUAUGACCGAGUUGAACGCGAAACAAGAAGAAGACUUGAGAAAGAAGCUGAAGAACAGCGAAAAAUGGAUGUAGAGCUUAUUGAGGCAAAACGACAACAAAGAAAAUUGAACUUUCUUAUUACACAAACUGAACUUUAUGCUCAUUUUAUGUCUCGGAAAUUAGGGAAAGCUUCUCCGGAAGAACAAUUGCGGAUUUUAAAUCAAUUAGACGAAGAAAAAAAUCCAAGACUUGUUGGAAUUGAUGAUUACGAUAGUGAAGCUAUGAAACAAAAAGCAAAAAAGAAUGCUACUGAGGCAUUUGAUAAUGAAAAAGCUCGAGCAAAACAGUUCGAUACAGCAGCCGCAUCCCAAGAAUUGCGGCUUAGUGAUACACCUGAAAAUUUAGAACAUCCACAACCUUCGAUUUUUAAGGGAAAUCUUAAAGGAUAUCAGUUAAAAGGAAUGAAUUGGUUAGCUAAUUUAUACGACCAGCUGUAUGGGGACCAUUUUUAAUCAUAUCACCAGCUUCAACGUUGCACAAUUGGCAACAAGAAAUGGCACGAUUUGUACCAAUGUUUAAAGUAGUUCCAUAUUGGGGAAAUCCACAAGAACGUAAAAUACUAAGACAGUUUUGGGAUACUAAAGAUCUACAUACGAAAGAAGCUUCAUUUCAUGUAGUGAUAACAAGUUAUCAAUUAGUUAUUACCGAUUACAAGUACUUUAAUAGAAUAAAGUGGCAAUACAUGAUUCUAGAUGAAGCACAAGCUAUAAAGAGUACUAGCAGUAUGAGAUGGAAAUUGUUGCUUGGAUUCAGCUGUCGCAAUAGAUUAUUACUCAGCGGUACACCUAUUCAAAACAGCAUGGCAGAAUUAUGGGCAUUAUUACAUUUUAUAAUGCCCACUUUAUUUGAUUCGCACGAUGAAUUUAACGAAUGGUUUUCUAAAGAUAUUGAAAGUCAUGCAGAAAAUAAAACAGGAAUUGACGAGAAACACUUAUCGAGGUUACAUAUGAUUUUGAAGCCUUUUAUGCUGCGUAGAAUAAAGAAAGAUGUAGAGAAUGAAUUAUCUGAUAAAAUUGAAGUAAUGGUAUAUUGUCCUCUUACUACUCGUCAAAAAUUACUUUAUUCGGCAUUAAAAAAGAAGAUUAGAAUAGAAGAUCUCUUGCAUUAUACAGUGGGUGGUGACACUGCAUCCAAUGACAAAAAUUUCACAUCGAAUCUUAUGAAUCUAGUCAUGCAAUUCCGAAAGGUUUGCAAUCAUCCAGAACUUUUUGAGCGUAGAGACGCGAGAUCUCCAUUGUUUAUGCACACUGAAUGUUAUGAAAUGCCUGCAUUAUUAUAUAUAGAAGGAUUGAAACAUCUCUCAUCUAAAGAUCACUUGUUGUAUAAUAAGCUGUUCAUAUUUGCUACUGAAUAUAUACAUCGGACUCUUCACGGUGGCAAUGAAAAUUUUUCUCAAAAUUCCUUUUCCUUUAGUAGAUUUAUUAACUUGUCUCCAAUGGAAAUGAAUCAAGUAUUUAUCGUUGGAAUUAUAUUCAGAUUGUGUCUUGCUACUGUAAUGGAGAAGAGAAUAAGAAUGAUGCAUUAUUGGGAAGAUUGGAAUGCUGAUGAAAGGACAGAAAUACCUAUGAAUCAUAUGUUUCUUUUGCCUAGAAAAAUCGAUGAUUCGUCGUCGCAUUCAUUGCAGGAUUUAAUAUUUACAAGAAAGAUUAUCGAAGGAGAACCUGUAUAUACGCAUACAACUCAUGUUAUUCAUUCAAUGCCUGAAACCGUUGCUCAUCGAAUUUUACGUAGCAGUAAAAAAGCUGCUAAUCAGUCGCUGAAGAGAAUACUUCCCUCUACUAAGGCUGAACAAGAAGAGUCGAAAGUGACUUUGUUACCAGAACAUCCUCAUUUUCCUAGACCACCAAUAAUGCGACAUUGUCAACAGACAACCAUUCCAGCUUUCAUUUGUGAUACUUUUCCCAAGGUACAAGCUAGUCCCCGAAAAUUGUAUGUUAGCAAUAGUUCUGCAGCGUGCGCUUGGAGAAGGCACGAAGAAUGUGGUGGAAAGUUUGGUCAACGACUUCUCUGGCUUGGUUGUGAACGAGCUCUUUCUGUCGCAUCGUUACAAGAGAACUCAAGCUUUCAUAUAUCACAGAUGACAUCAACAUUUUCAGUGGAACCGCGUGGUGGAAUUUCUGCAUGUACUCCCAUAAACGGAUGGUCAAAUAUUAUAGUACCAGAUAAGCAAACCUUAGUGACAGAUGCUGGAAAACUUUCUGUCUUGGAUAGUCUUCUACGUCGCCUUAAAGAACAGGGCCAUCGAGUCCUUAUUUAUUCCCAGAUGACAAAAAUGAUCGAUCUGUUAGAGGUGAUCUUUUACGAUAGCGAUUGGAACCCAACGGUGGAUCAGCAGGCUAUGGAUCGGGCCCAUAGACUGGGUCAAACGAAACAAGUUACGGUAUAUCGAUUAAUUUGCAAGGGAACUAUCGAGGAAAGGAUACUGCAACGUGCUCGAGAAAAGAGCGAGAUACAACGCAUGGUGAUUAGCGGAGGGAACUUCAAGCCAGACACGCUGAAGCCGAAGGAAGUCGUUUCCCUUUUAUUGGACGACGAGGAAAUCGAAGCCAAAUACAGCCAACGGAGCGAGGAGAGAAAGCAGCACGCGGAGGAUGCCCGGCUUGAGUCGAACCUAUACUAUAAAGAGAGAGACCGGAAGAGGAAGUUAACCGCGCUUCCGGUCAAGGGUGAUGCAAAGAAGCCUUGUUUGUCUGAUGCGAAUGGCGACAAGAUUGGUGAUAUCGUUCAAGCUAAUUCCAACGAAAGCAGUCAAGCCAGUGGUGGCGUUCAAUCGUAUCAAAUUAACAAUCACCAGCAGAUUCUCGAUAACAUGGACGACUAUAGCGUGCCAACUAGUCCUGUUAAAUCAGAGGAUGAGACGAGCAACGAUGGCCUGGUUGUCGAUGUGGAUGGUCCAGUGGGGGCAUCCUCCGGUGACAACCGACAGUCACGAGCGAACCAGUUUGGAGAUGCUGGGAAAGUCAGCCGUCUCGAUCACCACGUGUCUUUCAGUAGCGGAAGCAGCGUUCGGAUAAGGCCUACGAUCCGUGGUACUAGCAAGAGGGGAAGACCUCGAGGUUCUCGUAGAGGGGGGCCUGUUGGCGGGAAGGGUCGAGGCCUUCUUUUACUUCAUCCACCGUCUAAGGGUCUUGGAAGCAAUCCUCAAUCACCAACAUCCUUAUCUCCAACCAGUAGCAGUACAACCAGCGAUCAAGCUUUACAACAC